AUGUCCUCUUUCUUUACAGUACCCAAUGCUCAAAAGAAGAGGAAACGCAAUGACGCCCCAGAAAUACCCAAGAAAAGAUUAGCAGCCCCGUCGAGAACCCCAGCAAAACAAUCAAAACCUGCGAAAAGACCCCAAAGAGAUGAGUCGAUUUCCGGGAGCGAUUCCGAGAGUGAGGGAGGUCAAUUGGAUGAUAAUGUCGCAGAAAGUUCCUCGGAAGAUGAUCUAGCGCGAGACGGAGAGGAGGAAACUGCGGCAGAGCGCAGGCUGAGACUUGCGGAAAGAUAUUUACAGAAUAUUCGGGAAGAGGUAGCAGAUGAUGGUGUUGGAUUUGAUGCCGAGGACAUUGAUCGAGAUCUAAUCGCCGAGCGUUUGGAAGAAGAUGUUGCGGAGUCGAAAGGAAAGAUAUACAAAACAUUGGCAGACGAAUUAGAAUUUGGGGAAGCAUCGAGUUGUCAUUUUAAGAAGGAUUCGCAUUCGUUCACAGGUGUAGCUACAUGCGUGCCGCAUGUGUACACUGUGACCAAGGAUAUGUGGCUGGUCAAAUGGAGGAUUCAGGAUUUACCACGGGACCAAUAUCCUCAAAAGAAGGGCAAAAAGAAGAGUAAAAAGCCACCACCACCGCCCAAGAAAAAGCCUACCUUGGUAGCUUCAGUGCGAGGAGACCAACGAAAGUCAAAAGUAACAUCUUACAUGGGACAUACCGACGCCAUCAUUAGUGUGGCUGCAUCGCAGGACGGUAAAUUCGUUGUAACUGGUGGAGUGGACCGUAAGAUCAUUGUUUGGAAUGCAGAAACCUUGCGACCCAUUCGAGUCUUUUCUCAACAUCGAGACGCCGUCACAGGCUUAGCAUUCAGAAGAGGCACAAAUCAAUUAUACUCCAGUUCUAGGGAUCGAACAAUCAAAAUAUGGAGUUUGGAUGAAGGUGCAUAUGUCGAAACGUUGUUUGGUCAUCAGGAUGAAGUCGUGGACAUUGCUUCUCUUGCACAAGAACGUUGCAUAUCAGUUGGCGCUCGAGAUCGUACGGCCCGUUUGUGGAAAGUGGUUGAGGAAACACAACUUGUUUUCCGUGGUGGUGGGAGCGAGAAGAAAUCUCGUCACAAAAAUAACCCGAACGAUCUCCGUACUCUCGAGGGCAGUAUCGAUCGUAUUGCUAUGGUUGAUGAGGAUAUGUUUAUUACCGGCGGUGACAAUGGAUCGCUCUCUUUAUGGACUAUCCACAAGAAAAAGCCAAUUUACACAUUAACUCUUGCCCACGGAGCAGAUGAACCGAUAAAACCCGAAGAAGCGUCCGCUGAGACAGACCUCGCCAAAAGGGUGGUGCCCCGCCCCUCACCCCGCUGGAUCACCGCCCUAACCACGAUCCCGUACUCUGACGUCGUGCUAAGUGGCAGCUGGGAUGGCGUAGUCCGAGCCUGGAGAGUAAGCCACGAUAGAAAAAGCCUCGAACCCAUAGGUCCCGUCGGUCGAAUCUCUGAUGCCACUAUGGAAGGAACGGAUGCAGGUGUACAUGAAUCUCAAGCACCAGCGCGCGGCAUCAUAAACGAUUUAUCGGUUUUUGAACGCGGCGACAGGGGGAAGGAUGGUGUAUGCAUCGUCGCAGCAGUAGGAAAAGCUCAUCGUUUGGGUAACUGGCAAAAGACGCCAGCAGGGAGGAAUGGAGCAGUGGUAUUUGAAGUCUCGAGGAAACAGAUUACUAAUAAUGUAAAUGGCCAUGCCGAUGAAGAUACGGGGAAGGCAUAA